UUGCGCAUCGAGUAUCCGGUUGAAAAGAUUGCACCUGGCCGCUCCGCCUUGUCGGCUUUCUCUUUUGUUGAGUUUCAGGAGAUUUGGCUACGGUGAUGGCGGACACGAUGGAACAAACUCAACCACCUAGCGAGCAAUCAACACUGGCUGCAGAGUCGGGAGAUAUUUCUGCUGCAGAGCCUACCAAGACUGAUGCGACCGAGCCAACCGAUCCAACCGAUCCAAUCGACUCAAUCGAUUCAAUCGAUUCUUUUACGGACGUGGCUCUACCUCCAAUUGAUAAGACAUUGCCAACUGAGGACACAUCACUCCCUAGCAUAGACACGACGCUGCCGUCGAUAGACCCGACGAUCCCGUCAUUGCCGCCGAUUGAUACAACUUUACCGCCGUUGGAUACCACAUUACCUGCCACGGAUGGUCUACAUGGAAUUGAUACGAACUUCUCAUUCUCCGAUGCAAAAUUCGAUGAGGCUAUGGGCGAUGACCCCGGUGCCACUACGGAUUCCGGACACAAUCCAUUAGAGCAGCUUCAGUCUUCCUCUACGCCGAUUUCUCAGCCCCCGGCGCUGUCCAACGGCAUUCAUUCACAGCCGCCUUCUCAACAGCAUUCUCCACAUCAUCAGCAGCAACAGCCUCCCCAACAGCAGUAUUCACCGCACCAGCAACUACAUCAGCAGUCGCAGCAAUCGCCGGACAUGUAUCAUAACCAUCAAGGCAUUUCUUCUCAGAUGAAUAGCUCGUCUAUGCAAGGACAGUCUUCGCAUAUCCCACAAGCUCCCAUUGGAUCGCCCAUGCCCUCAAAUAUGCCCCCAAUGGCUUCCGUUAGCCAGUACAUGGCAGGUUAUCCGACAAACGUGUCGCAGAUGGGAAUGAGCCCCGGUGCACAGAUGCGCUACCAGCUUCCAGGAGAUCCAAAUAAGAUGCUGUCUGGCGGAAGGCACAAGAAGGAAGUAAAGAGACGGACGAAGACCGGAUGUUUAACUUGUCGCAAGCGACGGAUCAAGUGCGACGAAGGACACCCCGUCUGCCGAAACUGCGUCAAGAGCAAGCGUGAUUGUUUGGGCUACGACCCGGUGUUCAAACAGCCCACUCCUUCUGCUAUACAGCCGGCUCCUAAUCCCCAGCCGUCGCUGGUCGUCAACCCUCAAGACCCAUCCUCCUCCCAGUCUUCUUAUCCUUCUGCCCCUCCUGGUUACGUCCCUGCCGCCUCUCAGCCGUUUGCUCCCUCUCAGCCUCCUCCUACACCCACCGACCGUCACGACUACGGCGCAGCCAUUGACCCCUCUCUUGACCGAAAUAACUCCUCCACUAUGACCAGUGUGCAGAGUGUUACAGAUGGAGGCUUGCAGCCGACGGUUAACCCAGCCACUACUACAACUGGCAACUCAGAGCCGACUAGCUUUAGACUAAAACAGGUCCAGAUUAGCGACCUCCUCGCCCUCAGAGGCAUCCCUCCCCCACCUCCGCAUCCUAUCACCACCUUACCACCCAAUCGCCUUGAAGAAAUCCAGGCCGUCUUCCUUGCUACCUAUGCUCCCGCUAUCGAUAGAUUCUUUGAGACCCGCUGGUUCCAGGAGCGGGCGUUGAAUCACCUUCUCGCAAACGCACAAUUGAUGGCCGAAUAUUCUGCUUUAAUCGAGGCUUUCAAUGACCGCAAUCUGAGCGAUCCUAAUGUUGUCACCCGGCUCGAGAGCUUCGAGGCGUCUGUCGUCUGGAGUACAAUGACUUUGUGUCGCCAUGUCAUGAAUGGGUCGAAUGGAAAUCAUGGACAGGAUUACGACUUGCUCGCGGCGUCCAAACGACUUGAUGUGAUUGAAUCCAUGAUUACUGGCGAGCAUCUGGAUUCGAACCCCCUUGCACAAUUUCCGGCUCGGGAACCCGCUGCCAACCCACCUUCGCUGCCGGACCAGCUGAUGCAGCGACAACUGGAUUUUUGGAGCGCGAUUGGGUAUUUCCUCACUCUUCACGACAACGAAGCUAGCUCGGCUAAAGAAAUCGAUGACACUCUGGCCCGUUGUCGAACAUUGUUGGAUACUUAUGAAAACCGCGAUGUUAUAUACUCCAUCGCCAUCGCGCGACAUUUAGGCCAGCGGUGGGCCGACUUCCCGCGCAGCUUCCCGCAACCUAUCACCACGAACGAGAAGGACGCUGGGGCGAAACUGUACGUGGCGCAAAAGUUCCUUGAGCAGGAAGCCGGCGGUAAAGGCACCACACAAGUGAUCAAACGCAUAUGUGGUAUGGUUGUGCGAUCCUGGUUCGUUUCACGAGAGUAAAAAAAGAAAUUUGGUUUUUUUUUUUUUUUUUUUUUUCUUUUUCUUCUUCUUCUCCCUCUACCAAUUCCCUGCAAAUGAGUUUUGCGUAUGUAAUAUGAAAAAUUG